AUGAAGUCCUACAUUGCCAUCACCGCCGUCGGUGCCAUCAUUGGCGCUGCCGUCAACGGUAUGCCCGUUCUGGACAACCAGGCUACUGCCAACGUCCUCGGUGCUCAGGUUCCUGCUCAGGCUGGAAUUGCUGGCUUCAAGCAUAACAUUCGCCAGAAUGUUGGCUUCAAUGGCUCUCAACCCAUCAUGAGCAUCAGCUUCGAGGCCUCGGUUGUUCACCAGACUACCACCAUGACCGACUACAAGCAGCCGAUUGCCACCACGGUCAACAAGUGCACCACUUUCCCGAUCAGCGAGCCCGCUCUUGGCCUCACUGGAAUCAUGGAGAUGUGUGCUCCCAUGAAGACCACUAUCAACAUGAACAUUGGCACCAAGACCACUCUUGAGCACCUCAACGCUCCCGUUGUCACCGCUCCUCACAUCACCUCCGUUCUCUCCAUGGAGAUUGAGACCGCUGCUCCUGUCAAGCAGUCCACGACUAUGGAGAUCCACGAGCGCAUCUCCAGCUGGUGCGUCACCGCGACCAGAACCGAUGGCUCCAAGCCCUACAUCUGCACCGCCGGUCUGGAUGAUUACCCUCAUGCCACUGGCACUGCCACCUUCAUCUACACUCCCUUCUCCGGCCCUACCCCCACUACCCCCUCCUUCUUCCUCACUACCUUCAGCGAGGACCCUGCGAAGCCCUCGAGCGCUCCCGACUACACUCCCUUCGCUGCCCCUACUCGUUCUGAGCCCAGCUUCUUUCUCACUACAUUGAGCGAGGAUCCUGAGAUGGUCGCCGCCGCUUCUACUUCAACUCCUCUUGCCACCUCGUCCACUGAGACUGUCAUGAUCGGCGCCCCGAUCGUUACUCGUGCUUCGACUGUCGAGCCCGUCAUCACUGAGACUCAGACUGUCUUUGUUACGGCCUCAGCCAAGGUCUGA